AUGUCUGGCAAGGUACAAGCACCACUCCAACGAGACAUCUACCCACCUAACCAUGAUAUGACAUAUAGGACAGAGAACCCGUCUUCCCCACCCGCCAGAAUCUGGGCGUAAUGAAAUCGAAGCUCAAAGGCGCCCAGACUGGCCACGAUCUCCUCAAGCGCAAAUCCGAAGCCCUUACAAAGCGUUUCCGCGAAAUCACCCGCCGUAUCGACGAUGCCAAACGCAAGAUGGGCCGCGUCAUGCAGAUAGCCGCCUUCUCCAUGGCUGAGGUCACGUAUGCCGUCGGAAAUACAGGAUUCGCAUACCAGAUCACAGAAAGUGCGAAGAAUGCGAAGUUCAGGGUGAGGACAAAGCAGGAGAAUGUUAGCGGUGUAUUUCUGCCCGCUUUCGAGAGUUACCAGGUAGAGGGGAGUAGUGAGUUCGGGAUGACUGGACUGGGCAAGGGUGGACAGCAGGUCGCAAAAUGCAGAGAGACGUAUACAAGAGCUGUGGAGACGCUGGUGGAGUUGGCGAGCUUGCAGACUGCCUUUGUUAUUCUGGAUGAGGUGAUCAAGGUUGUGAACCGAAGAGUGAACGCCAUGUGAGUAUCGCUGAGGUGUUGGGAGACAACCCUCUGGCUGACAGGACUACAGCGAGCACGUUAUUAUCCCGCGAACAGAGAAUACGAUCAAGUACAUCAACUCGGAGCUGGACGAAAUGGACCGUGAAGAGUUCUUCAGGCUGAAGAAAGUCAAGGGAGUGAAGGAAAGAGCGCAGGCAGAAGAGGAAGAAGAGAGAAAGAAGAAGGCUGCCAACAGAAGAGACAGCGACAAGGAGAAUGGGCCACAAGCCCAAGGCGAUCAAUCAGAAGGCAAGAACAUAUUGGGUGACGAGGGCGAUGAAGAUGUGAUAUUCUAG